AUGGACACUCGAAAAAUCGGAGGACGAAUAUUAGAGGUUCCUUGUCGCGUUUGUGGUGACAACAGCUCCGGCAAGCACUACGGUGUGUAUGCUUGUGAUGGAUGUAGCGGAUUCUUCAAGAGAUCCAUCAGGAAGUGCCGAAGCUACAUUUGCAAGGGCGUAAUCCAAGGACAAUGUCCAAUCGAUAAGGCGCACAGGAACCAGUGCCGCGCCUGCAGAUUAGAACGCUGUUUGAAGGUGCGGAUGAAUCGCGACGCUGUCCAGAACGAACGUGGUCCUCGAACGUCCACGAUUCGCAAGCACUUGGCUUCGAUGCAGGCCAAAACCGGUCACUCGUUUCCCGGAUUGAUGCAGCAAGGAAGUAUCGCUGGCCAGUCUCCCCAUGGGAGUCUAGGACUCAAUCUUGGCUUUGGUAAUGUCGGAUUGCCCUUUUCGUUUCCUGGGCAGGCGCGGACGAGAUUGCCCCCUACGCAAACAGCUAUACCGAGCGCGAUGCCACCGAGAACUCUUCCCGAAUUGCCGAGCAAUAUCAACUCGUCUACCGCGAGCCAGGUCCAGGACACUUCCUCGGAAAGUGGAAACGAGGAGGAACUUGUUACAUCCUCGACAAACCACGAUGUAGAGGUAGUCGACAUGGGCAAUUCCCAAGAAAGCGAGGACGAAGACAACUCGACUUCGGCAGAGAUGAGUCCGCAAGCGGCUCAACUCAGAGCCGGGCUUCAUACUUUUCGGAUGCUGCUUGCUGAAUUUUCGUCAAAAUCGCUCUUUGAUUGCAUUCGCUGGGUGAAGAAUCAACCCUACUUGUCGGCCGUGCCUAAGGAAAAUAAGAUCGCGAUGCUAGAAGAUUUCUGGGCCUCGUUUAUGAUGCUUGAAAUGGUUGAAUGGUUGACUCCGAUGAUCAAAGCGCAGAUUCGACUUACUUCCGAGCAGCAAUCACUUUCCUUUUGGGACUUGGUCGAAGAAGUUCAAUCGCUUAAUUUGACUGAGAAAAUCACCACCCGCGGGCUCUUGGUUCUCUACGCCAUGUCGGACUUUUUCAACAGCUCUGGAAUUCAUGACGUAACAACUGAUUCCCUGGUCUCUCGAUUACGAGACGUAAACAAAGAGUCAAUGGAUCGAAUGCUCUUCAACAACAUGUUUCCAUUGCCGAUAAGCACCAUGAUGGCUGACCUCUUUGAUUCCGUAUAA